AUGACACAUUUGGGGAAUGGCGACGGAGUUGUAUUUCACGCGAAAGAAAAACGCUGGGACUCGAAGAGCGAACUGAUGGGAAAAGAAAGAGUGAAGAGAGACAGAGAAGAAAGAGAGAAUUUGGUGCUUUGGAAGGCGCCCGUUCAGACGAUCACGAAUUUUAUUGCUGAAGUGUUCAGUAUUUUAUUAAACUUUCUUCAAAAUCUUCAACGAAACUACCUCAAAUGUCUUCUAGUCUUGUCAAUUUGUGCCUUAUUUUCAUUUGUGUAUAAAAACGAAGGUCCAGAUGGAUUUUUGCAUUAUUACGAAAAGCCAUUUCUUUGGGGCUUGUGGUGGGUCUGGCUUGGUGUUUUGUCUUCUGUCGGUCUUGGAACUGGCCUUCAUACUUUCCUGCUUUUUCUCGGUCCUUUCAUUGCAAAAGUCACGCUGGAGGCUUACAACUGCGGAUCUACUGAUUUCGUCGAGUCAGAAUAUCCCGAAAAGCUUAUUUGUCAAGAAGGGGCUACUCCAGGACACGUCUCGAUUUUGGAUAUAAUGGCAAAAGUGCGUUUCCCCGCGUUCUGCUGGGGCGCUGGAACUGCUCUUGGAGAACUGCCGCCUUACUUCAUGGCUAGAACCGCCCGUCUCACUGGAGAAAAGGACGAAGAUGACGAGGAUCUCGAAGAAUUUGAAGAGAUCAUGAAGCAAAAAGACGCCAAAGCCGAUUUGGAUAUGAUGACUCGAGGAAAGAUUUUCAUGCAUGAUCUCGUCCAAAAAGUCGGCUUUUUCGGCAUCUUGGCCGCUGCUUCCAUCCCCAACCCUCUUUUCGACCUCGCUGGAAUCACCUGUGGCCACUUUUUGGUCCCUUUUUGGACAUUUUUCGGCGCUACGUUGAUCGGAAAAGCAAUCAUCAAGAUGCACAUUCAAAAAGUCUUCAUCAUCUUCGUCUUUUCUGAACAAUACGUUCUCGCCUUCCUCUCUUUCAUCAAGGUUCUUCCAGGCUUCGGGCCAUCUUUGUACAAUUUCUUGGAGGAAAUGAUCAAGAAACAGCGAGCGAAACUCCAAACUGGACAAUCUUCCGAAGAAGGCGGGAAUCCUAUCGGAAAGAUUUUCGAGUACUUCGUCUUCGUGAUGGUGGCCUACUUCGUCGUGACAAUCAUCAACUCCUUGGCCCAAAGUCGUCUUGCUCGAUCUCAAAAAGCCAAGCGUGACUGCAACAAAAACGACUAA